AUGGAAACAAAGACUGCCUUAGUUACGGGUUCCACAAGUGGCAUUGGCUUGGGCGUGGCCACAUCUCUGGCACAGAAAGGUUACCAUGUGAUCAUGUGUGGAUCAAGGUCAAAGGAGGAUGCACUUGAGGCAAUUACCCAGGUGAAGAGUUCUGCACUCCAUAGUGUUCACUAUGUGCAGGCUGACCUGAAGACAGAAGCCGGAAUGGUCAGUUUAUGUAAAGAGGCGGACAGUAUUUGUCCUGGAGGUGUCGAUAUCCUAGUGAACAAUGCAGGAAUGCAGCACGUCACUCCAGUAGAGGACUGCUCACUAGCGAAGUGGAAUGAGAUCGUAGCCAUCAACCUGACGGCUCCCUUUUAUCUCAUCAGCCAUUUUGUUCCUCGUAUGAAGCAAAAGGAUGAAGCCAAGAAACGUCUGUUUUGUGAUUCACAACCAACCGGAAAACCAGUACAAGUUUCUCAAAUUGCCGAUCUCGUACUGUUUCUGUGUUCUCCCGGAGCGGACAGCAUGACUGGAACCUCACUGGUCAUGGAUGGAGGGACCAUUGCUAAGUAG